CUAGACCCGAUCGAGUCUGAUGCACUAAACCUAUUAAAAGUUCAGGCCCGACCUCGUCUGAUCCAAACAUAUCUGCGAUUCGAACUGAUUGAUCCGUUAACUGCAACACAUACAGGGGGAGAUGGAGAGGGCGCGAGCAAGCGGGCGAGCGGGACAGAGGCUAAGAAAUCUUCGCGUUCUAGCUGCUGCGAACGAAAGAGAGAGCUGAGAAAAUCUUCAGGCGCUUGCUGCGGUCGAGGGAUAUAUAACUUAGCAAGACAGGUGGGUGGCUGAUGGUGGUCCUCUGGUUCACACCCCCUCGCACCCUCAUCCACCUCUCUGCUCCAUGCCUUCCUUCUCCCCGUCAUUUGCUUCUGUGCCAACUUUCAAGCAUCCCUACCUCCAAAGCAAAUAGUCCCACCAACCUAUCUUUGAGAUCAUCUUUGUUCUUCAAAAGUAAAGUACAAAAGCUUCAGGUGGGAAAAUGGGAGCCCCCAGAUGACGGUGAUGAAAGCGAGUAUGAAGAAGAGGACGAGUGGACUGCUCUUAGUGACUCGGAAGAGCAACCCUUUGUCCGUUCCGGCGAAACCGACACUGCCCAGAAGGAGAUUCUUGAGAGAAGGCAAAAAGAGUUCAUGCGAGAGGUUGAGCUGUUAUUAGAACCGGAAGAGGAAGCAAUUCUAUACAACAACGAGUCCCCAGAUCUGGCCAAAAUUUCAUCGCCAAAAUGGAGUCCAUUCCAUUCUCUUACAUCGUCUAAUCAGAUAGUUUUCAUGGACGAGCUCCUUGAAAACGGUUAUGAUAUUGACGCUGUCGAUAAGGAUGGGUUCACUGCCCUUCACAAGGCAGUGAUGGUUAAAAAAGAGGCUGUAGUUAUGCACCUUCUCAGGACUGGUGCUAAUCCUCACGUUAGAGACAGAGAUGGUGCUACAUUGCUGCAUUAUGCUGUUCAAGUUGGGUCCUUGAAGCUUGUGAAGUUACUGCUCAAGUAUAAAGUUGAUGUAAACCUUGCUGAUGAUGAAGGUUGGACCCCUCUGCACCUGGCCAUCCAAAGCAGGUGCAGAGAUAUAGCGAAAGUUUUGCUGGUGAAUGGUGCUGACAAGACAAGACGAACCAAGAGUGGCAAGACGCCUCUGGACCUGAGUUUGUGCUUUGGAAAAGAUUUCAAGUCGUACGAGCUUGCCAAGCUUUUGAAGCUAGUACCAGCUGGUAUGGAUUUUUGACCACACCUGUCUCUGUAGUGAAAAAAUAGAUUAAGCACCCAUGAAAACGAUGAUAUACAGAACCGUUACUUGACCAAUUAAAUGUGAGAAGAACUUUAUAUGGGAUGCCCAAUUUUGUCGUUGCAAACGGCGUUUGCUUGUAGAUGUGGGAUUAGAGCUUCUCUUUGUUUAGCAAAAGAAAUAUGCAGGUUAGGUUACACUAA